AAUCAGAAAUCGUCGUCAAGUAACUCUCCCCUCUCUAUUUUCACCGAGUGUUGUGAUUUUGUUCCCAAUAGUACCCUUGAAUUAAUUUCCUUUCAGUUCUUUGCAGAGUUUCCGAUCAAACCCAGCUCGAUCCGAUCUUCCCCAAAGGCUUUGAAUCCCAGGGUUUCUGUAUCGAAAUUAUUUGAAAGUGCGAAAAAAAUGGCUGGUUCUUCCGAUGAUCACGCUACGAGCAUCUGCAGCCACUGUGACAGAGCAAUUCCUUCUUCGAAUAUUGACUUACAUUUCGUUCAUUGCUAUCGGAAUCUGGAAAAAUGUAAAGUAUGUGGUGAUAUGGUUCCGAAACAAUUCGUGGAGGAACAUUUUCUAAGCACACAUGCUCCGGUGUCUUGUUCCUUGUGCAGCGAGACGAUGGAUCGUGAGAUAUUAGAUGUCCACAAAGGAGAAAAUUGCCCGCAGAGGAUUGUGACAUGUGAAUACUGCGAGUUUCCAUUGCCUGCUGUUGAUUUAUUGGAGCAUCAGGAAGUAUGCGGGAACCGGACGGAAUUAUGUCAUGCAUGCAAUAAAUAUAUUAGACUUCGAGAGAGUUAUGGCCAUGAAAGUAGAUGCACUGCCUCCUCCGUAAAUAACAUUGCAGAAUCCUCAAGGAAUGCGAGGGCACCACCUGAAAGGGCGGCGGCUGCUGGCGGCGGCGGAGGUGGUCGAAGACGGCGGGAUGUGUCACAAAGACGACUGCUGUUUACUAUUGCGAUUACGGGGAUUGCUGUUCUCUUAGGUUCUCUUUUCUUCCAGAGGAAACCAGAACCUACUCAACCCAACUGACUCAUAUCAUCAUACAUACAUUUUCUUUUUCCUGCCAUGUUUAUACUUGUCAUCUUGUUUGGAUGGAAAAAUCAUCGCGCCAUGAAUUGAUGUUCAUUUUGGUAAAUAUGAACCCAUAAUUAAGUCCUUUGUCAGGGGCCUCUUUGACAUUAACCCAUAAUUUUACCAGAUGACAUGUAUUAUUACCACAUUAUUCAACAAAAACAAUUAAUUUUAU